CUUUUAACUAUUAUAGAAGUCCGAAAAAUCGACUAUAGUCGUCUUCCAAGUGAAUUUUUCUAUUUUGCUGGUGACUGCAAUGAUGCAAAAACAAUUGUCCAAAUAAAAGAAAACUUCAUUAAUGUUAUGGCACAGUUAGAAAAGAAUGGAUGGGGAGGUGUCUGUCCGGAUAAUAAUCAAUGUCACGUUAAUAACACGGACGUAACAUGCGGACCACUUACAGGGAGACGUAAACGAUCAGCAGAUGGAGAAGGAAAAGCGCGUAACAUUCCAUACAAUCGCACAUCCGAAAUAAGGGUUAGUUUUUUUGUGGAGACUUCUUGGAAAAAUUUUGAAUCUUCGAAUGAAACUUUUUACUCCAUGGAAGAAAUUCAAAAAAGAAUAUUUGACAACAUCAAAAAAUUGGCAGAAAACGGAUCGUUCAAUGUUGGCGGUUUGGAUCCAGAUAUAGACUCCUUUUCCUCUGGUCUAAGUGACCCUGAAUGUCCAGAGGGAACAGCAAGAAAACAAAAUACAAUGAAAUGUGUUCCAUGUUCUGUUGGCACCUUUCUCGAUAAAUCAAACCUAUCACAGCCUACAUGUAGAAAGUGUGUGUACAAUUAG